CAAAUUAUCAAUAGACGAAUGAAGUAAUGUUGUGGAAGAAUGGUUGUGAUUCCUUUACUCAAAAAAGAAAGAAACAGAAAAAGUCUACUUGUUCUACAGACAGAUCCUUAUUAAACUGUGGAAACCCCCAUAUUUUACUAGACCAAUUACAGUUCUUAAACAAACAACACCAAGAAACGUCAGAAAAAGUACCAACUGCCCAUUUUCAGGAAACCAAGUUGAAAGUGGAAGGUUUCUUAUCAAAAUUACGGGAAGAAAAUGAAAAGUUAUUGCAGAGUGAUUCUCCUAACUUGGAACCAAGUCAAGAGGAGGAGAGUUUUAUUGAAAUGAAUAUUUUUGUGGACCGUUCUCUGGGAGAACUUGUAAAAGGUGAAGAAGAAACUUGCAGAGAAAAGCCUUUGGUAGAAGAGGUAGAUAAUAAGCAAUAGUGUAGAUUGUAGUGUUCCUCAAAUGGAUAAAACGAGACAACCCUCUUCAGGAUCCUCCUUUUUGUUUUGUCCAUUGGAAGAAGAAGUAUUGUUGUCUUGCUUGUGUAUUAUGUCUCUAUU